AAGUUUGUAAACAUAAAUACUUCCUCAGCACGAGGAGGAAGAAUUGAAAAUCAAAGAACAGACUUAACUGAGAAGAAGAACGUAUUCAUUUUUUGUAUAAUUUAUUUUAAUUUUAGUAACCCUAAACAUUUACAGUUUAUUGUGAAAGUAUUUUAAAGAAAGGCGCAGACUGUUGCGUCAGCAAAGCAAUGAAGUGUUCCAGGACUCUGAUUUCUAUACUGGUUUUAUAUUUCGUUUUCACAUUUGCCCUUGGAAAAUCAAUCCACAAAGCUGCGUUGAAAGAUCUCUUAGGUGACAGCGAAGACAUUUAUUUUCGCAACCAAGAUGAUCAACCAGAGAUUACAGAAAAAGAUUUGCCGAAAAAUGGAGAACUCUUUGAAGGAGACAUGGUAAUGGAUAAUGAUAUUCGUCAUUUUGUGCUUGGACAUAAUGAUAAAAGAAGUGCUGUUUCACUUGCUGAUGAAGGCAAAAGAAAACACUGGCCUAAUGGAAUAGUUCCUUUUGUUUUCGAUGAACAGAAUAUUUUGCCAAUAAUCAAGCUACGAAUAUUUCAAGCAAUCAAACAGUUCAGAUAUUACACUUGUGUCAAAUUUGUUCCAAAGAGACGUCUGGAUAAAGAUUAUGUUGUUUUUACAUCCCAAGGCAAUGGUUGCAGUUCGUCAAUUGGACGAGUUGGAGGACGACAGUUCAUUCAUUUAGCGCGAGGAUGUUCACGAAUCGGAACUGUUAUGCACGAAAUGAUGCAUGCCCUGGGUAUUAUACAUGAGCAAUCGAGACCAGACCGAAAUAAGUAUUUGGAAGUGAGAUAUCCAAAUAUUAAACAUAAUUUGAUUCACAACUUUCGAAAAUAUUCUUGGUAUAACAUUGAUAACCUGGACACCCCAUACAACUUUGACAGUGUCAUGCAUUACAGCAAUUACGCCUUCUCAACAAACGGCAAAAAAACUCUGGUAGCGAAACACGAUCACAACCUAAAGUUCGGUCAACGAAAACGGCUGAGUCAGUCUGACGUGAAACAGAUCAACCGACUUUAUCACUGUACAAAUGUCCGUUAUAACGAUAAAUACCUGCUUGACGACAUGACGGAUGAUGACGUCAUACGGCAAAAACGAGAAAGAGACGAAUAUUUGGAAGCUGUAGCGGAAGAAGCACGAGAUAUGUGAAUCAUUCUUACUUCUGUAGGUGUUGGGUUUUUUUUACAUGUUGAGAGAACUUUUGAUGCGUUUUAAAAUUGAUGCGUUGAUCGUGCGAAAAAAAUAUUUGUAUCAAUUCUAGAUAUAAUCCCUUCUUUUUUCAAAAGCCACGAAAAAACAAGUACGACGCAUUUCUUCAGAAAAAAUUGUCGGAAUUUAGUCAAUAAAAUCCAUUUAAAUUUGGUUAAUUUCGUAACUUUUCAUUUUUUGCUUUUUUUUAUUUUAGCAGCAAAAUAGAAUGGAAUUAAUUUUUUCUAUGAUUUAUAUUUUUUAAAUAUUUUUUCUAUAAUUUUAUGGUGAUUGUUAUAAUUUAUAUUUGUAUACUUAUUUUCCUCUUUUUUCCACAUUUAUAAAAAGUAAGUGCAUGAACUGUGCAUCGAAUUCUGCAUUAACUGCACCAUUUUGUGUACAUUUUGUUAACAAUGAUAAUUUGCAAAAUGCGACAGUGAAAAGUUGAAAAGGCAACCAGCGCUAAUGAAACUGAAUUCAAUAAUUUUCUAAUAAUAAUAAGUAUGUGUAUCAAUUUUUUCUACCAAAGCAGAAUCUUUCAACAAGAUACCAAUUUUUUUCU